AAUUGUUUUCGCUUGGACGUAUACCUAUUCAUUUUGUUAGAUUUUGAUUUGGAGAGUCCUUUGCCGGUUUAAAGUGUUUUCUAUCAGAAUUUAUAAAAAAUUAAACUUCAAUCAUGGAAAACAUUGACGGAGAAGAUCCCAAGGAAUAUCGCUGGGAAACUGGAUACGAGAAAACAUGGGAAGCAAUCAAAGAAGACGACGAUGGUCUUCUGGAUGGUGUCAUUGCCGACAUCAUCCAAAAAGCCAAACGCAAACGCCAAGCUGAAAAAACCAUCAAGAAUCGCUUAGGAAUGAUGAGACACUUGUAUCUGGUGUUAGAUUGUUCCGAAGCUAUGACAAUGCCAGAUCUAAAACCAACAAGAUUCUUAUGUACAUUGAAGCUCCUAGAAAUUUUCAUAGAAGAAUUCUUCGACCAGAAUCCAAUUAGUCAAAUGGGAAUCAUUACCUUGAAGAGCAAACGAGCUGAGAAGAUAACAGACCUUACUGGAACCGCUCAGUGCCAUAUGGAAGCUAUCAAAGGUCUCACUAAACUUACCCUCGUUGGAGAACCCUCGCUCCAGAAUGGCCUCGAUCUAGCUAUGAAAACGCUCAAAGUCGUGCCUUCUCAUGCAAGUCGAGAGAUCCUCGUGAUAAUGGGCAGUCUGACGACUUGUGAUCCCGUUGACAUCAAUCAAACUAUCGAAGCACUCAAAAGCGAAAGCAUUCGCUGUUCGGUUAUAAGUUUGUCAGCCGAAAUUCAUGCAUGUCGCAGGCUGACGAUGGAGACAAAUGGCACCUUCGGAGCUGUUCUCGAUGAUUGUCAUUUUAAAGAUCAGCUUCUGGCCCACGUCGAUCCUCCGACUGCUGCCCAGCUGCAGGAGAACUCCCUCAUCAAAAUGGGCUUCCCUCACACCAAAGUCGAUGAGGGCAAGGACCCAGCGUUGACAAUGUGCAUGUGUCACGUUGACAACUCCGAUGAGCCUAGCAAACUUACCUCAGGCGGUUAUCACUGUCCGCAGUGUUACAGUAAAUAUUGCGAACUUCCCGUUGAAUGCCUCAUAUGCGGGUUAACUUUGGUCUCGGCACCUCACUUAGCUCGUUCCUAUCAUCACUUGUUUCCGGUGAUGCAUUUCACUGAGAUGGAAUUCUCGAAUCAAGCUCAACAAUGCUUCGCUUGUCAAAAGGUCUUCUCCACGUCGAAUGAGAAGUCCAUCUACCACUGUGGGACAUGUUCACAGUACUAUUGCUCUGAUUGUGAUGUUUUCAUCCACGACACGAUGCAUACGUGUCCUGGGUGUAAUACGAUACCGGGAAUUGCGGAGAUGGUCGCUGCUAGAAAACCUAUAGCGCCAAAAUUUUAGAUUUAUGAACAAAUAGAAUUUAAAAAAUGUGCUACACCUUUUUGAAUGAAAUGUGCUACACUUUUUUGAAAUUCACGAUGUGAAAUAGAAUAAAUGAAGUUAUUUUUUUUU